AUGUGGCAGAAAGCACAGCAAGUGUCUCAGCAGUUUUGGAAUACUUGGAGGAACCAGUACCUUUCGAACCUCCAGAACCGAACUCGUUGGAUGGUCAAACGAAAAAAUGUUGCUCCAGGAAUGAUGGUGCUUCUGAAAGAAGACAACAUUCCUCCGUUGAAAUGGCCUUUGGAGAGAAUCGAUGAAGUGUUCUUUGGUAGAGAUGGAAAUGUGCGAGUAGUCAAUGUCUGCACGAAAGAUGGAAUGUUCAAUCAUGGCAUUUCAAAGGUUUGUUUGUUACCUAUUCGUGAGAAUGAGGCAGAAGGGUCAGAUGAAAUUGUUGAGAUUUCAGAAUAA